AUGAAACGUGGAGCAGGUCCUGCGAGGGAAAAGAACGGUAGUGGCGGUGGAGCCACGGGUGGCAUUAGCAGCAACAACAACGCGCCGAAGCAGAUCAAGAAGUCGGUAUCUUUUCGAAGUGACGUGAACGGAGCAUUUGCCAAUGCCGCUAGUAGCUUGCCCGACCCCCAGGACGUCGUUCCUCAGGUCAAGAGUGAUUUGGCGGUUCUACCAGUGCACAAUUUGCUAGUGCUCGGCGGGAUGUUUUACUUUGGUCUAACCAACAACGUGGAAGGGGUGAUGCUCAAAGGAUAUAUCACGAGUUUACCGCUCGAGGCCAUCUACAACUACAUGGUAAUCACCAACUUAAAGAAACGGUCCAAGCACGAUAAUGUGCCCUUGCUCAUACUCUCGAGUAUACUAGUGAGUCUCGUUUACGCGGUUCCCUUGUUUUUCAUCAUCAUCUUGCUUGGUGCGCCAGUUUACGGAUACACCACCAAGACCAUUUUGCUUGCGCUACAUUUAUCUCAAUUGGUCAUCGGGCCGCUCGCGUGUUUGUAUUCGUUAGAUUUCGACAGGUUCAAGAUCUUGUUUGAGUUGGAAGACAUCUACUACACCAUUUUCAGCCACAGCAUUUUGUCGCAAGCGUUGUUGACCCUCGGUGGUUGCUGGCUAGGUGUGAUACCGAUCCCGUUGGACUGGGACAGACCGUGGCAACAAUGGCCAAUCACGUUGUUGGUUGGUGCGUACUUGGGCGGUGUCGUUGGUGGGUUGGUCACCAUGGCUGUGCGUUUGUAUGCGCGGCUGAGGACAGUCGAUGCAUCAGGCUAG